UAUGUACAGACAUAUGUAGAAUGUAUAUAUACAUCAUCUGAAACAAAUAUUUGAAAGAAAAUAAAAGCACGUCAGUGAAAUGUACAAAAUGUAUUAGUGGUAAAAGUUAAUUCUAUAAUGAAAAAUUUAAUAGAAACAAGAAAUGGAUAGAUAAAAGAUUUAUAUACUAUUUUCACUAACUCAUAUGCAACAUAAUUUGUUGCUAAUUUGAGAGAGUAAUAUUUCAUUCAAAUAAAAAAUAUCAAUAAAAUGUUGCAUGAAAUAUUAAUGUCAUUGUGGGGAUGUUCAACCAAUGCUUUGCAAAUAUUGGAAUCAGAUACUGUAGAUCUUGAAAAAUAUUUGCAUCCUGGUGAACGUGUAUUACUUAAAGAAAUAUUGGAUAUAGUUGAACAAUGCAAUAUUAUUAGGAAUUUCAUUCAAGAAUAUACCACAUCUGAUGACUUAAAUUCUACUCAAAAUUUACAAGAUGUUCCUCAUGGUUUAUACUUACAAGCUCUUUGUGAAGGAAUAGAUCAAUCUUUGGAACCAUUUCGUAAGGAGAUUGUUGAUUUAGAAGAUAUAGUUCUUCAUGAUAGUUAUACUCCAUUGUCACUAAUACUUUGUCGUAUCCAAAAAUAUAUUUGUCUGUUUUCUGUUUUAAAUUCUAUCAUAAGAGAGAUUCGCACACAAAAAAUUCAUGGCUGUAAACUAUUGCAAUGUUUGCAUCAAAAUAUGUAUACUGGUAUUCCUGAUGUUAGGUCUGCAAUAGAAAAAAUGUCUCACUGUGUGCAUACAGUUUUUUAUAAACAUUUAACUAGCUGGCUUUUAUAUGGCCAUAUAGAAGAUAUGUACAAUGAAUUUUUUAUUCAAAAAAUAUCUGAGAGGGAAAGCAGUUUAAUAUUAGUAGACAAUAAGGAUAAUUUUGAUAAAAUAAAUACAAAAUUUACUGCAGAUAUGUGGAAUUAUGACGUUCAAAUUGAUCUACUUCCCUCUUACAUAAGACCAUCUUUAGCAACUAAAAUCUUAACUAUAGGGCAAACUAUUAUAAUGUUUGGAAAUGACCCAAGACAGAAAAAAGAUUUUGCUAUAAUUGAUCAAGCUGAAACUUCUAUAUGGGGAGAAAAAGAAUAUGAAUAUUUUCUUAAACUUCAAAAUUUACAAAAAAAACAUAUUUUUAAUAUUGUUGAAUUUGAACGUACAAUCGAUGAAUUGAAACAAUGUAUAACAGAACUUUUAUGGCGAGUUGCUGUUGAAGAAGCACAACUUGUGCAACAACUUAAAUUAGUAAAAGAUUUCUUUCUUAUGGGACGUGGAGAUUUGUUUCUUGAGUUUAUUAGACUUACGGCUCAUAUAUUAAAUAAAUCUCCAACACAGCAUACCUCUAGGGAUAUUAAUUUAGCUUUCCAAAUGGCCUUAAGGAAAAUGCAUUUAAAUGAUGAAAAUGCCAUGGAUAGUUUUAAUUUUAUAGUUCCAGUUCCACCAGAUGAAAAUGAAGAUAUUGAGGUAGAAGGUACAGAAUUUACUGAAAAGGAACGUGAAGAUCCUAUUGAAAGACGUGGGUGGGGUAUGAUUACUUUGAAGUACAAAGUCAUAUGGCCAUUACAUUUAUUAUUUAAUCCAUCAGCUUUAAAUGAUUACAAUACAUUAUUCAAAUUUUUGCUAAGGGUUAAAAAAACACAAAUUGACUUAUGGAACCUUUGGAGUGAGCAUAUGUAUUAUAAAAACAUUGAUAUUGGUGUAAUUCAGUUAAGAAAUAAUUUAAUUUUCAUUAUUGAUAAUUUACAAUAUUACUUACAAGUUGAUGUAUUAGAAAGUCAAUAUACUAUAAUGGAAACAAAUAUGAAAAAUACUCGAAAUUUUGAAGAUGUACAAAAAGCACACUGUAUUUUCUUGGCUAAUGUUAUGUCACAAACAUUUUUAUUAGGGAGUUCAACAGAAAGAAAAAAUCCUGUCAACAAAUUAAUAAAACUCUUAUUGCGACUUUGUGAUGAUUUUAUCUUACAAGCAUCUAUGUGGGAAGUAGGUAAUUUGCUUUUAACAGAACAAGAAGAGCUUAAAACAUUAUCUGAUACUCUUGAUAGUUUAAUGGGUUGGUUAACCAAAACAUUGAAUAGAGUACGUGCACAACCAAGUGGAGAGCAUUUAGCUCAAUUAUUAUUGAGAUUGGAUUUCAAUAGAUGGUUCAGUAAAAAAAUGUAAAGAAGAUUUAUUUGAGUAUCAGUAAAUAAUGUAGAAACAUAUGAUGUAUUUAUGGUAUUUUGUUUUAAAAUUAUUCUUUGCAUAAAUUUAUCUAUUAUGUAUAUAUUGAACUUAUCUUUUUUUUACUUAAAGUACUAGUACUUUUUUAACAGUGAAAAAUACAAUUAUGCAAAACUCUAAUUUUGAGCUUAAUUUAAUAGAAAUAUAUUAGAAAAAAAAAAUAAUAUCUUUAAAUGAAUGUAACACAUAACAAGUAUUGAAAUAAAUUUGUCAUUCAUUUGUUUA